AUGAGUGCCCAAUCACACCUCGUGACUGUCGCCCCACCUGCACCUGCUCCCGACUUGAUCCAGUCGGCGCUGUUGCUCCCCCUCUCGCUCAUCUCACUGGACGAGCAUCGAGGCAAAAAGAUCCGAACUAUCGGGCAGAUUUUGUCUUACAACCCCUCUACCUCCUUGCUCCUCCUCAGCGCCCCCCAUGCCUACCCCACCGACUCCGUCGCUACGCUCUACGCGAACGUCUCGGUGCCCUUGAUGGGCGCCUCGCCGGCCCUGAAGGACAUGUACGAGACCCACAGAGAAGGAGACCUGGGGAGACCAAGGCUGAAGUUCGAGAGGGGAGAAUGGAUGUGUGUAGUGGGAUGGCUAGAAAUGACCCCAUCGGGGGGAUUGCCCGAGGCUGUACGAGCUGGAUACGAACCCCCUCUACCGGGCGUCGUACUGGAUCUCAUUCACGUUUCGCCUGCCAAAGAACCACCACAGGGCGCUUACUAUCGCGGCAGCGUAGGAUGA